UCAAUUUCACACAACAAUCCUCUUCUCUUCGACUCGGGUAAAAAAAAUUUCGAUAUCUUGAAGUUUGACACUCUUAUCUUCACUUGAACGGUGUGUAUUCGUCCUCGAUUUAGAACCAAAAGUUCUGGAUUCAAUUUUUAACUUUGUUCUUCGGUAGGCCCACGAGCCUCGCCUAGCUUCUUAAACUUUCCUUCUGGAUUGCUGAGAUACAUAUACAACAAACAGUUCUCACACUCUCCCAUAUGUUCGUCAUAGAUACAUGCAUGUGUUACGGACGGACCUUCAUAGCAAGCCCGUGACACAUGCAUAAUGCUUCCUUUUGAUUGCUACUGCAACUUCGGCGAUGGACUCAUUCAGAUUCAGAGCUCCAACGAGAUGAUAGGUGCUUCCAACAUCGACAGUGUGAUGGAUCAAGAUGAUGAUGGCCAGAAACCCGCGGAGCCAUCCCGCAGUCACAAGGAAACCGAGAGAAGGCGCCGGCAGCGUAUCAACUCCCACCUCUCGACCCUCCGCUCUCUUCUCCCCAACCCCACCAAGAAGACAGACAAGGCGUCACUGCUCGCAGGUGUGGUCCACCACGUCAGGCAGCUCAGACAGCAGCUCGCUGCCUUUUCUCGUCAGCACACAGACCCCUCCUCCUCCUGCAGCUGCAGCAGAUUGGCGUUGGCCGACCCCGAGCAGUGGCCGUUCCCAGGAGACUCCGAUGAGGCGACUUUAAUUAGUUGCCACGGCAGUGGCCUCUUGAAGGUGACCCUCUGCUGCGACGACCGGCCAGGCCUCAAUGGUGAAUUGGCCCGGACCUUCCGGGCUUUCCAUGCCAAGGAGAUACGGGCUGAGAUGGCUUCUAGUGGCGGGCGGGCCAAGCUGGAAGUGCUGGUCGAGUGGGUGGGUCGACAGGAUGAGGAUCGGGUCAGCGGCCUGAAGCGAGCCCUAGAGGCGGUAGUGGAGAAUCGGGCUAGGAGACUUAGUUAUAGGAAUAAGCAGGCUCGGACUUCGUAUGAGUUGAGCUGACGAAGGCUGGACAGUAGGGAAAGGGGCUCCGGCACGAGCCAACGCUUCGGACCUCCGCUACGCACUAGAACACAGAGUCAAUGUAAGAGUCAUCCUUAUAUCGAGUCGAACACUACUACCGUUCUUUAGUAAUUGAUUUGUGAGCAUGUGAAAUGAAGUGAGAAAAUGAUUGUCCAUUUAUGGGAAUGAUGACAAGUCCAUCAUUAGCAUCGAUUCAAAA